AUGACAUUAUCAGAGAAAUCGGGAAAACAAUGUUUGGAAAUCUUGGUAGCAGCGGAUGAACUUUUGAUGAAUGAAUUACAUGAUCUAAUGCAAAGUCAUUUACUUGAAAAACAUAGCUUAUGGUUACGUAAGAGUUUCGCAUUAGUUUAUCGUACAGCGGUUAGAUUGGAUGCCUCAAAAGAAUUACAAGAAUUUUGUAAAGGUAUUCUUUAUACGGAACCAGAUGUUUUAUUAAGGGCGGAAGAUUUUACCACACUAGAUCAAGAUACGUUGGCGAUAGUGCUAGAACAACGUAAUUUUCAAAUGAAAGAAAUACAAAUAUGGGAUCAUAUAAUUCAAUGGUGCAUGUCAAAGCAUCCAAAUGUUUGUAGUGACGUAACAAAAUGGACGACAAAUGAUUUUGUUGAAUUUGAAGAAACGCUUCGACAAUGGAUACAAUUUGUCAGAUUUUGUGAAAUCAAUUCAAAAGAAUUUUAUCAAAAGGUCAGACCAUUUAAAGCUUGCUUUUCACAAUCAUUAUAUGAAGAUUUAGAAUGUUUUUAUUACACGGGGGUACAAAAAGAAUCACUCACGUAUCUACCAAAUAACGCGAUUAGGUCAUCUCUCAUAAAUCAAGAACAAAUUUCAAUCAUAUCAAAUUGGAUUGAUGGAGGUCAAAAACAUGGUGAUUUAUGGUGCGUAGAGAAUUUAUGUGAGGAUGAACUAUGUUCUUCCGAAUCUAAAUCUUAUAGACAAGGGAUUUGUGAUGCUAUUAUAAAAAGUAUGAAGGGAAAUGUAUCUUCUAUUGAACAAGAGUGGGAUUCGACUUCAUUAUAUCUUGAGGCUUCAUUUUCUACAACAAGAAAUCCUUUUGGUUGGGGAACUGAUUUUACAAAUAAUCAUAAUAAAUCUUCUUCUUUAAUUGGUAACAUUAGCUAUGGUCCAACUAGAUUUAGUGUGGAUGAAUAUGAGGUGUUUUGUGUUAGUAAAACUGAUAUCGCUGAUGUGCCCAUUAAUUCUAAAAAAUUUAGACGUGGUAAAAAAAGGCUAACCCUUGUUGAGAAAUAUCACACUCCUAUGGAUAAGGAAGGGUGGUGGGAAUGUAAUUAA